UAAAGAGUUCAGAAGUAAAUACAACAUGGGUGUUGGAGGUACUCUGGAGUAUUUCUCUAGCUUACUGAGCAAUGGUCAUAGGCAUAAGAAGAAGAGGAAGCAGAUGCAAACCGUGGAGCUUAAAGUCAGGAUGGACUGUGAAGGCUGUGAACUCAAAGUCAAGAAAACCCUUUCUUCAUUGAAAGGAGCUAAAUCAGUGGAUGUAAACUUGAAGCAACAGAAGGUCACUGUGACUGGGUAUGUUGAACCAAACAAGGUAUUGAAGAAAGCUCAGUCAACAGGGAAAAAGGCUGAGUUUUGGCCUUAUGUUCCUUACAGCCUUGUUGCACAUCCUUAUGCAGCACAAGCUUAUGAUAAGAAAGCACCUCCUGGCUAUGUCAGAAAUGUGGAAACCCAUGGAAUCAGCAACCUUAGCAAACAGGAAGAGCAAUACACAACCAUGUUCAGUGAUGAAAACCCAAAUGCUUGUUCCAUCAUGUAGAGUUACUUUACUACUUUUCCCUUGCACUGCACAGUACCCAGCUCUGUAAAAGUUCCAUAUCUACUCUUUUUUAUGUUUUUUUGGUGAAAAUGUUAUGACUGUGAUAUGGGUGAUCAGGAUUGUUUAGGGUAGGGUUUUGGGGCUGAUUGGAGUAGGGUGUUAAUGGUGGUGGCCAUCGAUGAAAUGAAAGUAAAUGCUAUCUGUAAUACAGAAAUGAAUAGUUAGAAAUGAAAUAGUUCUGGUUGUUUUUUACGAA